CUGAGCGCGGGAGUUGUGUUUGAUUCAGUUACUGCAAAUUUCAAGAUGCUGUUCCAGUCUGUGCUCAACAGCAGAAUUUGCAACAAAACGCGAGAGUUUCACAGCUACUCGUUAGACACUCUGCUGCAAUAUUACCAAUGUAAUCGAUGGGAUGAACACACUUCAUAUGGUGACCGUGGGACACCAGUUCCUCCGUUUGGCUGCUUGUGGUCGACAGCAGAUCUGUGGCAUCAGGUCCUUGGAGUGGUGAAUGAAGAAGGUGUAGUCAGGCUGUACAAUACAGAAUGCCGUAACAAGGAGGACCCAAUUUGUCGAGCAUGGUUGGCUCACAACAAUGCAGUGUUUGACCUUGCUUGGGUUCCUGGAGAGCCCAAAUUAGUUACAGCUUCAGGUGAUCAGACAGCAAAACUCUGGGAUGUGAAAGCGAGUGAGCUCCUUGGCACAUUUAAAGGCCACCAGUGCAGCCUCAAGUCUGUGGCAUUUGGAAAGCAGGAAACAGCUGUAUUUUGCACUGGUGGCAGAGAUGGUAACAUAAUGGUCUGGGACACUCGUUGCAGUAAGAAAGAUGGAUUUUACAGACAAGUGAAGCAAAUUACUGGUGCUCACAACACGCAGGCCAAGCAGACUCCUCCAAAACAGAAGAAACGGCGACAGUCUGUACGGGGACUUGCUCCUUCUGUGGAUUUUCAGCAGAGUGUAACAGUAGUGAUUUUUAGAGACGAAAAGACUUUGAUUUCUGCAGGUGCAGUGGAUGGGGUCAUCAAAAUGUGGGAUUUGAGGAAGAGCUACACCAUUCAUCAUCAAGAUCCUGUGCCUGUGCAGUCCUUCCCUUAUCCAGGAAGCAGUGCACGGAAACUCGGGUACUCCAAUGUUGUCUUGGACUCAAAAGGCUCCAAUCUCUUUGCUAACUGCACCGAUGAUAACAUUUACAUGUUUAAUGUGACUGGCCUAAAGACUGUACCAGUGGCAACCUUCAGUGGUCACCAGAACUCCACUUUCUAUAUCAAGGCCACUCUCAGUCUGGAUGAUCAAUUCCUCCUCAGUGGGUCCACAGACCAUAACGCCUACAUAUGGAAGAUCUCUGAUCCUCAUCAUCCUCCAACAGUGCUCCAGGGACACAGUCAGGAGGUGACUUGUGUGGCUUGGUGCCCGUCAGACUUCUCAAAGAUUGCCACAUGUUCUGAUGAUAAUACUGUCCGAAUAUGGCGCCUUGUUCGAAAAACUGGUGUGGCAAGGUCUGAUUUGGUGGGAACUGCAUGCCAGAAGAAGCAUUUUGAGAAAGAUGCUGUCAUUCAACCAAGACACGAUACUCCUCCGAAAGCACCGGUGAUAGAAAGUCCAAAUCUGCUAUCACCACAGCACGCUGCAUGUGCCCCGAAUAUCUCUGGAGAUCUGCCUCUCUCUUCCAGCACACCCACCUCUGCAGCUCAAAGGGCAUUGGGCAAGAACUGUAGAUCACGUCAGCUGGCUCAGACAAGUUCAACUUCUCCAAAUUCCGCCUCUGGGAAAAUGUCAAUCACAAAUUGGAUUGUAAAGAGCCUCAGCACUCCCACCUCUCCCCCUGACGUCCCUGAUACUUCACCCAGGGGUGUGUUGGUUCCAGUUGAACAAAGUCAAUCAAAAGUCACCACUAUAAAUAACCAGGUUCGACAGAAGAAAGUUAAAAGGAGAUUGGACACAAGUGAUGUGUCAGUAAUAAACAAUGGGAAGAAUGAAGACAACGGCGUUGUCACAGGAAUGAGCCCUGUUUCUAAAAGAUGCAAAGUUAGCAUCUUCUGCUCAAAGGAGCACAGUAGGAAAAACCCAUUGAAUAAAUGCACAGAAGAUACAGAGAUGAAAAGCUUUGAAUGUAACACUGUAGAAAAUGUAUCUUUGGCAAGCUGUUUUCCCAGUCCUGCUACUUCGUCUGUCUGCAAAUUUCAGUGCAGCCAGAAACCUGAGAUGCUCGACAAAGAAAACAGUUCUCCUCAAAAGUCAAACUGGCUUACAGAUCUGGGAGACAAACAGAAAACUGAAAUGAACAUUAGGAUGGGGAGAUCAUCCAACACUCCUGCAUCCUCACAGAGUCCACCGCUAAAGAAACCGGAAGAUAGGACUGCAACAGGCUCACCGACUCGAGCUUCAACACGCAAGAUCUCUUCAUAUUUUCAACAGAAGCCAUCUGACUGACCAUGUUGUACUGCUGAGAAUGGACAAUUUAUUGACUUCAAUUAGUGCUGCAUUAUAACCUUGCAGUAUUCUUGAUAGAACACUUGUCUUCAUUGUGCAGCUUAUCCUGUCUAUGGCAUCUGUGAUGGUGUAGUUUUUUUCAAUUAGUUUGUCAGUAAAACUGGGUUAGUACUCUUAAUUUUUAACCAUUUGCUUCCAAUUUUCAUUCUCUUCCCCAAUUUAAAAAGAAAUCCUCCAUCUAGCUAGGUAAGAAAUCAUCUUCUGAUAACCAAAUAGCUUCUAACAUUAAAGCACCACACUAGAGAUGCAAAGCUAGUGCCUUGUUCCUGUACAGACAAUGCCGAUGGAUUUUUAUGUAGGUAUACAAUUGUAUGAAAAGCAAUGCUAAUUUCAGUAUUGUGAAAUAAGCAAUCACAGGGAAAAAAGAAAGGACGAUGGGCAAAACCAAAAUUCCUGUAAUUAGCUCGUCAAUGGUUGAGUGCAGAAAUAAUCUGGUAACUUGUUUUGCUUUUAUAGGUGUUUAUAAAAUAAAUUCCAUUUAAAUUUAUUUUAUAAAUGGCAUUUUCCAAUAUAAUUUUACCCUUGCUUUUACUGCGUUAAAAUUAUGUAUAUAAACUGAUUGUGUUACUUCUUCAAAACUUUAUGUAUUUUAACAUAUUUACUGUUC